AUGGCUGCGGCGGCGAAUAACAACAACAGUAAUAAUAAUUCGGCGGCGGUGGCGGGCGCGGUGGAGGAGGAGGUAGCUCGGGUAGUGGAACAAGCGAAGGAGUUGCAAGAAACCGCUGCUUCUUUAAUUGCAAAAACUUCGCAUGAUGAACAAUCUCUUCGCCAAAAAGCUCUUUCUCUUGAAUCUUCUAUUCGCCGUUGCCGUUCUCUCCUUGACCGCAACAAUGACCUCGCUCCAAAAUUAGCUGCCAAGGCAAUUAGAUUGCAUCUUGAAGAAGAUUUACAGAAAGCAAGAUGUAUUAUAGCUGAAGGAGAUGCUUCUGCUUUUCUUCCUUCAAAGCCUCAAGGGCGGUUUCUAAGAAUGUUUCUGGGACCAAUUAAUGUGCGUGCGUCUCGCAAAGAUGUGCAAUUGAAGGUUAAAGAGGAGUAUAACAGUUACAGGGAUAGGACUGCACUUUUGUUUCUACUUUUCCCAUCGGUUUUACUGUGUUUAAGAUCUUGGGUCUGGGAUGGGUGCUUGCCUACCUUUCCAGUUCAAUUGUAUCAGGCUUGGCUACUGUUUCUCUACACUGGAUUGGCUUUGAGAGAGAACAUAUUGAGAGCCAAUGGAAGUGAUAUUCGUCCAUGGUGGAUAUACCAUCACUAUUGUGCUAUGAUUAUGGCCCUUGUUAGUCUCACAUGGGAGAUUAAAGGACAGCCGAAUUGCGCUCAAAAACAGAGAGGGGUACAACUGUUCUUGCAAUGGGCCAUGAUGCAAGGAGUUGCAAUGCUUUUGCAGAAUAGAUAUCAACGCCAGAGACUCUAUACUCGUAUCGCAUUGGGAAAGGCUAAGCGAAUGGAUGUUGUCUGGGGAGAAACAGCUGGUGUGGAUGGGCAAUUGUGGCUGUUGUGUCCUAUCCUCUUCGUUUUGCAGAAUUCUAUCAGCUGCUUAGAGCUUUCCAAAAGCUGGAAUUGGGUUAAUGUUGUUCAAUUGAUCUCAUUUCUACCAAAUUCUAAGGUUUCAAAAUGGGCUGGAAAUUCUAGUUUAAUCAUGAGUGGCUCAUUUGAGUUGGCAGACUUUGCGCUUCUUCAACAAAGGAUCAGCUAUCAUCCUCUUCAGUUGCACUUUUGUUUGAAGGAAAUUGACAAAACAUUAGGCUUUUCAAAUGAUAAUGCAAUUAGUAUGUCUACUACUAGCAAAUUUAACUUCCGAAUUGUUGAAGGUUUUGAGGCAUAUGUUGGACUACAAUUACUCAGGACUGCAUUCAAUGGGGUCACCUCUGAGUGGCAGGUUAUUUCCUGUGGUGUCCUUUUGGUUUUCAUGGCAGUUGGGAACUUCUUAAACACAGUACAGACACUAAUGGUGAAAUCAAGGUUUAAGGCAAAAAUGAAAAGAAGUAAGAGCAAGCAGGAAUUGGAUUGA